GUACCCAACCAAGGUUUGUUUCCCGCCAUCCUGAACCUGGCCAGCCAUGCGGAGAUCACCGCUAAUGCCACCUGUGGGGAGCUGCAGCCGGAGCUGUACUGCAAGCUGGUGGAGCAUGUACUGGCGUGGCACCGCCGGGACCCUCAGUGUCAGACCUGCGACAGCCAGAGCGCCGACCCAAAAGAGAGACACCCCAUCACCAACGCAAUCGACGGCACAAACCGUUGGUGGCAGAGUCCGAGCAUCACGAACGGCCACCGUUUCCACUGGGUGACCAUCACGCUGGACCUGCGGCAGGUGUUCCAGGUGGCCUAUGUCAUCGUCAAAGUUGCCAACUCCCCACGGCCGGGCAGCUGGGUCCUGGAGCGUUCCAUGGACGGCGUGGAGUUCCAGCCCUGGCAGUAUUACGCUGCCAGCGACUCCGAGUGCCACACCCGCUACAACGUCACUCCCCACCGAGGUCCGCCCACGUACAGGCGGGACGAUGAGGUCAUCUGCACCUCCUACUACUCCCGCCUGGUCCCGCUGGAGCAUGGAGAGAUCCACACAUCCCUGAUUAACGGGAGGCCCAGUGCGGGCGACCCCUCCCCCGAGCUGCUGGCGUUCACCUCCGCCCGCUACGUCCGCCUGCGCUUGCAGAGGGUGCGCACGCUCAAUGCCGACCUCAUGACGCCUGGACGCCGUGACCCCAGGGAGGGUGACCCCAUCGUCACGCGACGGUAUUUUUACUCCAUCAAGGACAUCUCUGUGGGGGGGACUUGUAUCUGCCAUGGCCAUGCCCUGAGAUGCCCCUGGAACUCAGUCACAAAGAAGCUGCAGUGUGUGUGUGAGCACCAUACGUGUGGGGAGAGCUGUAAUGAGUGUUGCCCCGGCUACCACCAGGAGCCGUGGCAACCUGGAACACUUUCCAAGAGCAACGCUUGUAAGAAAUGCAACUGCCACAACAAGACAGACACCUGCUACUACAACCAGACGGUGGCAGACCACAAGCUGAGUGUGACCAUAAACGGUCAACUGGCCGGUGGAGGAGUGUGUGUUAACUGCACUCAGCAUACAACCGGGGUGAACUGCGAAACCUGUGAAGCUGGCUUCUACAGGCCUCUGGAGGUGUCACCAUCCGCCGAACACCCGUGUGUGGAGUGCGCGUGCCACCCCAGGGGGUCACUGAGUCCAAACUGUGUUAAGGACCACGCCCCCGCAGUGCUCGAGCGAGGUGUGCGCCCAGGACAGUGCCCAUGCAGGGAGGGUUUUACCGGGAGGCGCUGUGACCGCUGUGCUUUUGGGUUCAGAGGCUUCCCCACGUGUGAGCGCUGUAACUGCAGCCGGGAUGGCAGCAUCAACACUGACCCCUGCGCUGAGUGUGUGUGCAAGGAGAACGUUGUGGGGGUGAACUGUCACCUCUGCAAGCAGGGGUACUACAAUCUACAGGCAGCCAAUCCACAAGGCUGCACUGGGUGCUUCUGUUUUGGGGUGUCCAAUAUGUGUGAGAGGGCUCCCUGGGCCAUAACUAAGCUGAGAGCGUAUGGAGGAUUGCUGAGCUUCACUGUAUGCAGUGACAUUCCCACAGGCAGCACGGCCAGGUUUCUCUCUGCUUCCUUUGAUAUCCUUAUUGAGGGGAACGGGAGGACUCUGCAGCAGGCGGCCACCACGCAGCUGCUGCUGGUGCCCCAGAGGGAGCAGCUCGUCGCUGUGGAGAUGUUACCAGAGAACUUUGUGGACCUCCAUACAGGCCGAACGGCACUGAGGGCUGACCUCAUGAUGGUCCUUACAGCCGUGGCAGGGCUCCGGGUCCGAGCCCACUCCAACAAAAGCGCAGAGAGGGAGCUCAGGAUGAGAACUGUAUCCCUGGAUGUGGCUGAUCCCAGUGGCUCCGGUCCCAUCCUGACCCACAACGUGGAGCUGUGCCAGUGUCCCCUAGGCUACACUGGAACUUCCUGUGAGGACUGUAUGCCUGGAUUUUACCGCACUGGAGGCAUUCUGAUUGGUGGAAAGUGUCUCAGGUGUGAAUGCAAUGGCCACGCCUCCCAAUGUGACAUCAACGGUGUGUGCCUGGACUGUACCCACAACACCACUGGGUCUAACUGUGACCAGUGCCAGCCGGGUUUCUAUGGCGACCCAUUGGCAGGCACCCCAGAGGACUGCCAGAGAUGUGCCUGCCCGCUGACUGCAGCAGCAAAUAAUUUCAGCCCCACCUGCCACCUGGAUGGCUCAGGUGCAGUAACAUGUGAUCAGUGUCACCAGGGCUACUCAGGAGCGCACUGUGACAGGUGCGCUAACGGUUACUACGGUGACCCCAUGGUCCUGGGCCUCGGCUGUGUUCCGUGUGAUUGCCAUGGAAACGUGGAACCUCUGGAAGAGGGCCACUGUGACCCCGGGACAGGAGAGUGUUUGCUGUGCAGGGGCCACGCGGUCGGCUGGCACUGCGAGAGGUGUCAGGACGGGUAUUUCGGUGACGCUGUCAUUGCCAAGGACUGUCAGCCUUGUGGUUGCCAUGGGGACGGCGCCAACUCCAGCAUCUGCGACGCGGCAACGGGACGGUGCAGUUGCAGGCCCAAUGUUGUGGGGGAGAGGUGCGACCACUGCAAGGCAGGGUUUUACGGUCUCCACAGUGGGCUGGGGUGUGCGCCGUGCAACUGCAGCUGCGCUGGUUCCCUCUCCCAGGAGUGUGACGAGGAUGGGAGGUGUCACUGUGUUGCCGGGGUGACAGGCGACAAGUGUGACCGCUGUCGCCAUGGCUACUACGGCUUCCAGGACAGUGGCUGCAUGGUGUGCGACUGCGAUCACACCCACGGCAACUGUAACCCGGAUACGGGCGAAUGCAUCUGUCCCCCCCAUACCCGGGGCGAGAGGUGUGAGCUGUGCAGGGAGGACCAUUGGGGACGCGAUUCGGUGAUGGGGUGCAAGCCCUGCAACUGCAGUGAUGUUGGCUCUCUGGUCUCACAGUGCAACCUCACCAGUGGUCAUUGUCACUGCCGCCCCCGGUUCACCGGGGAGAAGUGCGACCGCUGUGCUGUUGGUUUCAGAGCCUUCCCAGAAUGCACUGCCUGUAACUGCAACCCCAGUGGCACACGCAAGGAAUACUACGAUGCGCAGCUGGGAGUGUAUGGCUGCGAGGACGAAGGGGGCUGUGUCUGUAAGGACAAUGUGGGUGGCCUGGGCUGUGAUGAGUGUAAUAGAGGGACCUUUGGCCUGGCCAAUCACGACCCUGCUGGCUGCUCCCCCUGCUUCUGCUCCGGGGUGACUGACAGCUGCGAGGAGCUCGGGGGAAUGGUCAGAGCUCCUAUCACCCUGGAGCCGGGCCAGGAGGGGCUGUGUUUGGUCAGUGAGGGGAACCUGACGGAGGGUGUGGGGAGCAUCUCCAUGAAAGACUCAAACGUGUUGAUGGGCGCCAGACUGGCUCAGGACUCCUACUGGAAGCUGCCAGCACAGUUCCUAGGCAACCAGCUUUUGUCCUACGGCGGGAAGCUGAGGUACACUGUCUCGAUCUUCUCACUAAACGGGAUGGGCCCGGCCGAAGGAGACCCGCAGGUGCUCAUGGGAGGAGGGCGUCUGAGGAAAGCGGUCAUUUACCUGGACCGGACCACUCCGGCCAGCCUGGUGGGGGCCCGUCACGAGGUUCUGCUGACCGAGCACAAGUGGAAGUAUCUGAACUCUGUGAGGGACCAAACGGUCACACGUUCAGACUUCAUGUCAGUCCUGAGCAACAUUAAGUACAUCCUCAUUAAGGCCUGGUGUGGCAGUGGAAUGCAGCAGAACAGGAUUUGGAAUGUCUCCAUGGAUACUGCAGUGGAAUGGGACAUGGGGCCUGUCGGUGGAGAGGUGGCUCGCCUCAUUGAGGUGUGCGAGUGUCCAGAGGGGUACAUGGGACUGUCCUGCCAGGACUGUGCCCAUGGGUACCACAGGCAGCCACUGUCACAGCACAGUCCCAAAGGACAGUGUCCGUUUGCCAGGCCAUGUGUCCCCUGCCAGUGCCACAACCAUAGCCAGUCCUGUGACCCAGACACCGGGAGGUGCCAGGACUGUCAGCACAACACUAUGGGCGAUCAGUGUCACCUUUGUGCCCCAGGGUAUUAUGGGAAGGUGAGGGGCUCCAUCAGUGACUGCUCCUUGUGUACCUGUCCUCCUGGAAACCAAAAGAGCUUCAGUCCUACCUGUGUUCCAGAGGGAAUUUCUGAUUUUCGCUGUGACUCAUGUCAGCCAGGCUAUGAGGGACAGUACUGUCAGAGGUGUUCAGCGGGUUACCACGGGAACCCCUCGGAGCCGGCCGGCCGGUGUGAGCCGUGUCGGUGCAGCGAGGUGGGGUCGCUCCGCCCCCUCUGCAAUGCCCUGACGGGGUGGUGCCAGUGCAGGCCGGGGUGGCGGGGUCACCUGUGUGAGGAGUGCGAGGGGAGACACGCCCGGCUUGGGGACGGGUGCAUCACCUGUAAUGAUCAGUGCACAGGGGACCUGCUGGACAGACUGGACAGUCUGGAACGUUCCAUCCACUCUCUCAACCUGAUGAGAUCAGGCUCUACCCCCUACAGUGGGCCUCUGUCUCUGACGAACGCCACCGAUGAGGUUGAGACAACCCAGUUGUUUGAAGCUGGAGAAGAUCUAGCCCAAUCUGCUGAGCAACGCAUCAGCAAGGCUGAAAAGCUACUGGAACUCAUUGCCAGCAUCCAGGCCUCCAUCCAAGCUCCGGAGGUAGCUGGCAGCUUGUAUGAGAUGGUGAACAAAGGGUUGGAUAAGUUCAGCAGUGCCCACAACAUGGGACAGAUGGUGUCCGUGUUGGAAAGCGUGAGGAAGGUGGAUUUCAUCCAUGGCAACAUCACAGCCUUUGCUGAGCUGAGCUCUGCCAUAGAUGUGCUCCAGCAGGUCCUGAGGGACUUCCAGGGGCCCCAGGGGGCCACUGAGGCACUGGCUGAGACCCUCGCAAACUCCCUAUCAGAGGGUAACCUCCAACUACAGGACGCCGAGGCCCUGCUGACUGCCACCCAGAACGACACUGCCCAUGCCACCCUGCUACUCGACACCUUCUCUUCCCGCCUGGUGGGGCUCCAGGGCUUGCGUGAGAAGGUUACAGGUCUGGCCCGCAAGGUUGGAGUUGAGCUGGAGGACUGUCAGGGUUUAUUGCUGGAGACUGCCACUGUGGUGGAGGGUGCAGUCAAUGCCACUGCUAGGUUGUCCUGGGCCCAGGAUAAGCUGGACCAGUGGACGUCCACCCUGAGCAGGAGAGUGGAGGCUCUGAUGAAUAAGAAGGUGGAGGUUGUGGAACUGGUGCACAGUAUCGAGGACCACACCCAGAGUGCUGUGUUUGAGGUCAGGAAUGUUUGCCUGGAGGGUGACAGCACAUCUGAAGUCACCUCUGACAUUGAGGAGGCCGAGAGGUUGGCAGAGUCCUCCCACCUGACAGCCACUUUCGCCGCCAACCUGACUCUGCUGUCGGUGGAGGGCACAGUAGCAGACGUGUUUGUCGAGGUCAUGCAGCAUAGCUCCGAAAUCCUGGCUGAAAGUACAGCCCUAAGCAACAAGGCUGCACGUACCAAUGACAGGAUCCAAGUGGCCAAUCAGCACACAUAUAUGGCCAAUGCCUCCCUGCUGCUGGCCCUGGACCAGUUCGGUGGUCUGAGUAUGAGGCUAGAGAAGUCGACAGCAGCUGUGACACUUGUCAACAACAGUGUACAGAAUGCAAAUGAGUUGAUCAGCGACUCUGAGAGGACUGCAAGCGAGGUCGAGUCCAGGGUGGGGGAGAUGGGGAGGUGGGCGGACCGCCUGAUGGACCGCCUCAGGCCCUUCAGGACCCUGAUAGAGCAUCUGAACAGGAACCUGACGGACAUCAGAGAGCUGAUUGGCCAAGCACGGACAAAGGCUGCUUCGAUCAGAGUGGCAAUGGCAGCAGACAGAAACUGUGUGUGGGUCUACAAGCCGGAAGUAUCAUCCAGUAACUUUAACACCCUCAUGAUGACGGUGAAGACCAGCAAGCCGGACAACCUGCUCUUCUACAUGGGCGGCAACUCUAGUGUGGACCUCAUUGCUCUGGAGAUGCAUCAUGGGAAGGUGAUCUUCCUCUGGGAUGUGGGCUCUGGGCUUGCCAAGCUGGAAUACCCUGACGUUCAGAUCAACAACAGCAGAUGGCAUCAAAUUUACGCCACCAGGUUUGGAAACCAAGGUUCUCUAACAGUCCAAGAGGUGAUGUCAGACCAGAAGCCGACAGUGAGGGCAGCUAAGUCUCCAGGGUCUUCCACUGUAAUGGGUGUGGACUAUUCCACUCGGAUCUUCGUCGGGGGUCUUGGUGGCCAGUUCAAGAAGUCCCCAGCAGUCAAGGUGACUCACUUCGAAGGCUGCUUGGCAGCAGUGUCCCUCAAUGGGAAGGCCAUGGGCCUCUGGAACUAUGCAGAGAGGCAAGGGGCAUGUCGAGGCUGCUUCAGCAGUCCUCAGGCUGAGGAGAGCUCCUUCCACUUUGAUGGCAGUGGGUUUUCUGUGGUGGAGAUGUCCAUCCGCUCCAAGGACACACACACCAUCAUGCUGUUCAAGACCUUCUCCCCCAAUGGACUGCUCCUCUACCUGGCCUCCAACAGCACGAGAGACUUUUUAUCCAUUGAACUGGUGGAGGGGAAGGUGCGGCUAACCUUUGACCUGGGGUCGGGACUUCUCACUCUCACCUCCACAAAAGCCUACAACAUUGGGAAUUGGUACAGAAUCACCCUACUAAGGAGCAAGCAGAAAGUUCGCCUGGCAGUAACGGAUGCCUACACCCCAGGGGACACAGAGAUGUUGAAGGGCACAUCCCCCGGCACCGCCUCCGACCUGAACCGCUCUGCCAGGGACCCCAUCUACAUUGGAGGGGUGCCACAGGCCGGACUCACCAGGAGGCGGGUGGCUGCGCGGUCUUACAUCGGCUGCUUAAAAAAUGUAGAAAUCACCCACAAGAGCGUUGACCUCAUGAAUGAUGCCUACGGUGUCAGAACAGGCUGUGUUUUAGAGCCUGUUCAGAGCGUGACGGUCCUGAGCGAGGGGUACGUGCAGCUCCGCCCAGUGACACUAGGCCCCGAGGGUGACAUCAUGGCCACCUUCUCCUCGCUCAGUGACACGGGCCUGAUCCUGGUCGGCUUCAGUAAGGAGGGGAGUCACCGGACUGGGCAGUCACAGAAGCCCUUCCUGGUGGUCAUGCUGGUGUCUGGCCAUUUGGAGGCACACCUGAGUAUGGGAGAGGGUGGGAGUUUCCUUAAGGCUGUGCUGAAGUCCAGCAUUGGGACACUGAGUGAUGGACAGGAGCACUCCCUCAUUCUACAGCGCAGGGGGAGGACAGUGACAGUGCAGGUGGACGAGGACAUUCAGGACAGCCUGAGGCUAGGCAUUUCAUCAGAGGGGGCAUACCUGACAUUGGACCCACUCUACAUCGGUGGGCUUCCUCCAGCAGAGGGCGCUAGCGUGCACAGGACCCCCAACUCCUUCUAUGGCUGCAUCAAGAACCUGGCCAUGAACAUGGAGUUAUUGGACCUGUCAAGCGCCCUACAGUACCACAAUGUGAACCUUAACAGCUGUGUGCUUAAGAGGAAACCAAAGUCUGCCCUCUCACCCGAUGAUAGUCAUCCAGAGGCGGAGCCUACCCCUGGCCAUGCCCAAAGCUCCACCACACCUGUGACAGAGGUCAGCUCCCUCCCCCUUGGUCCAGUCAUGUGCGCCCUGGCCGACCAGACAGGAAGCAUCCCAGGCGCCCACCAGUUCGGCCAAUCCAGGCACAGUCACAUGAUGUUUAACAUCAGCCCCCAGGCCAUCAGGACCAGACUGUCUCUCCAGCUGUCAAUGAGGACCUUUGGGUCCAGCGGCAUACUGUUCCACACAUCCCACCCCCAGAGGGUGAACUACGCCUCUCUCCACCUGCAGGGGGGGCACCCCAUCUUUACCUGCAACCUGGGUGGGAUCCCAGCCACUGCCUCGCACCCCAAGACCAUCAACGAUGGGCAGUGGCACACAGUGAGGGUGGACUUCGACAGGCACGCGGUUGCGGUCAGCAUGGACGGGAGGCGGUCAGACUGGGUGCUGGUUGAGGGAAAAGACCGCUACCUGGAUGUGGAAGAUAAGCUCUACCUAGGGGGGCUGCCCCCAGGUUACUCUGGGAGGAACAUUGGUGAUGUGAGCCACUCCAUAGCUGGCUGCGUGCGGGAGGUGACUCUGAACGGGCUGAUCCUGGACACCCGGAGCCCAGCCUCAUCCUUCGCCGUGGCCAGCUGUUUCUCCCAGGCUCAGAGGGGCAGCUUUUUCGACGGGACCGGAUUCGCCGCCACGCGGUUAGAGGGGUACAAGGUGGGUUCAGAUGUGACGGUGGCCCUGGAGUUCCGCACCACAGCAUUGGAUGGUGUCCUGUUUGGGAUCAGCAAUGAUGGUGCCAUCGGGCUGGAGCUGGUCAGUGGGAAGAUCCAUUUCCAUAUGAGCACAGGGGCGGGGAGGAUUUCGGUCACCCACACCCCCUGGGGCCCCUACAGGCUGUGUGACGGCCGCUGGCACCUCCUUCUGGCAGAGAAAAGUAACUACAGCCUAAGUCUGAUGGUGGACGGGGUCGAGACCCACACCAAAAACCCCCACCCAGAGCCCAGCUACACAGAAGCCAACCACCCCAUCUAUGUGGGAGGCUACCCUGGUAAUGUGACGGAGAGUGGCCUAACUACCAGAGUGCCAUUCCAAGGCUGCAUGCGUGACCUGCGCCUAAUCAGGGGUGACCUGACCGAUGCCCUCGACCUCAGCAUGGCCUUUGACCUCCAAGGCGUUUCCCCGAAUUCCUGCCCCGGGCCUGCGCUCUGA